AUGCAUAACCAGCACCUACCUUGUCACCUACCAUCCACGCCACCUACGCCACACACCACCUACCACCCACGCCACACGCCACCCACGCCACACGCCACCUACGCCACACGCCACCCACGCCACACGCCACCCACGCCACACGCCACCCACGCCACCUACCACCCAAGCCACCUACCACCCAAGCCAUCCAUCACCCACACCACCUACCAUCCACCAUCCUCGCCACACACCACCUCUACCUUCCACCCACGCCACCUACCACCCACGCCACACACCAUCCUUGUCACCUACCACCCACGCCACCUACCCACACCACCCGCACCACCUACCACCAACGCCACACACCCCCGCUACCUACCACCCACGCCACACGCCACCAUCCACCCAAGCCACCUAACCCACCAUCCUCGCCACACACCACCUCUACCUUCCACCCACGCCACUCACCACCCACGCCACACACCACCCUUGUCCAGGGAUGGAAAAAAAUCUCUUCAAGCGACUUUUGAGCAGGGAGCGACCAACCGUUUAUCUCAGAUUAAUAGCGAGUCAUCCUGA